UUUUAAUUACUUUAUUGAAUUGCUGAGCAAAACAGAGGUCUGCUUUGACAGUCAGCAAUUAUGGCGCGCGAUUGCACUUGCUCGCUGCAUGUCAGCAGGCUCGGUAAGGGAGUAAAGGCUGCUGAUCUGCGGACAGCGUUCGAAAAGUACGGCAGAAUCAAGGACGUGUAUAUCCCGCUGGACUUUUACUCGAAGGAGUCCCGCGGUUUUGGUUAUGUGGAGAUGCAGGAGGCAGCGUAUGAUCGGCGCAAGGACAUUGUCGUCCGCGGAAAGGCGCCGACUGUGGAGUUCGCGCGCGGGCAGCGUAAGACUUCGCGGGAGAUGCGCUCCACUGAUAAUACCUACUCGCGGAGCUACAGCCGCAGCCGCUCGCCCUCGUCGCGCGGCUACCGGUCGCGGAGACGGCGCUCGCCCUCGUCCAGCCGCUCGCCUUCGAGAUCGCCCGUGCGCAGCCGCCGGGGCAGGAGCAGCCGUCGCAGCUACUCGCGGCGUGACUCGUCGCGGAGCUACAGCCGUAGCCGUAGCCGUAGCCGUAGUCGCAGUCGCAGCCGCAGCCGCAGCCGCAGCAGGCGGGGACGCAGCAACUCGCGCAGCGUCAGCUACUCGCGCAGCCGGUCUCGCAGCCGGCGCCGUCGUCGCAGCCCGAGCUACUCUCGUAGCCGGUCCGGCAGCCGCAGCGUGAGCUCGCGGCGCGCCCGGUCGCAGUCGCGCACGCCUAGCCCGCGGCGGCCCGUAGAGCCAGAGCGCAGAGUCGCGCAACAACAGCGAGGCCAAUGCCACAGCGGCGAUGCCGGCGCCAGCGUCUACACCGAGAUGGGCGGGCACAUGGACUAUGACCAUGACGAUGCUACUGGUGAGACGGCCCAGUAAGCCUGUCGUUGCUGACGCCGACGCCUAGCUCUGGAAGAACAUCGGGCACGACCCGGCUACUUUUUCCUCAGAAGGUUUUGUUUUCCUUUUUUUCUGCAGCAUCAGAGGCAUUGCUGAACCCAGCCUCCGUCUUUUCCACCCCAUGCACUUUUUGAUUCAAAAAAGUCGGGGAGGAAGAGAAGCCUUGCGCUCCUCUAGCGAUGCUGCCUCUAUG